UGUACAGCGGGUGGACACUUCAACCUGAGUUGUUGGCAGCUAAUUAGUGGAAUAUGAGGUGCCAGUGAUGUACCAAUCUAGUAGUUGUGACUUAACAUCGUAUCCCUCAGUGUAGCGAAGGAGCCCAAGUUCUCACAAACCAAUGCGCCAGAAGCAGACGAAUAACUUACAUUUUUGACUGGAUACGCUAGACUGCGCAGGUGCAAUACAGGAAAUUUGCCCUCGCAUAAACAAUCUACUUCUCGUGCGGAAAAAAAAGUCUACGGCCUGCCGCUUGAGGGGUGAAGAGAGCUGACACCAAAGCCAUCAGCCCCUCAUAUGCGAGGGUCAGCUGGGAGAGGCUGACGACUGAAGCAAGAGCAGCGACCAUCUGCCCUGCAGCACCCCGGACACCACCUGCACGGGGCCCAUCUGUGGGCGUCGGCGGGCACGCGAGGACCUUGUGGGCGUGUUCGGGCGUGCUUCCUGCGUCAGUGAUGCUUGCGGGAGGUCUCGAAGAAGCCAUGUCUGGGUGUAAGCCGCGCGCCACCGACUUCUCUAUUGCGGCUAUCAUGUCCCGAGGGUCGGCGGCGGCGGCGGCAGCAGCGGCGGCAUCUGGGCUGCGACACGCCACCUCCCCCGGCCUUCCCCCUCUAGAGAAACUCACGGAGACGAGCAUCAAGUCUGAGGACGAGCUGGAUGAUGGAGCCGACAUCGAAGCUGAAGAUAUCGACAUCGACGUGGUCUCUGACAAGGAUGACUGUGAUCUCGACAGUACCAAAGACCCACUCGACCGCCCUGGUUCUAAGUCUCCUGAAUCGACCUCCUCCGACUCUCACUCCAACCACAAGACGGACAAAGCCUCCAAGUUGGAGAUGAAGACCAAGGGUAAUUGUCCUGAGCUGGAGAGCAUCGAUUGCCACUUGGAGACGAAAGAGCUCUGGGAGAAGUUUUUUGAGCUCGGUACAGAAAUGAUCAUCACUAAAACUGGAAGGCGUAUGUUCCCCACAGUCAGGGCGUCCUUCACGGGACUUAAGUCUGAGCAUAGAUACGCGGUGCUCCUCGACAUUGUUCCCGUCGAUAACAAACGCUACAGAUACGCGUACCAUCGGUCGUCAUGGCUGGUGGCAGGUAAGGCUGACCCACCACCACCUUACCGCCUCUACGCCCACCCCGACUGUCCUUACUCCGGCGACCAACUCAAGAAGCAGAUCGUGUCUUUUGAGAAGGUCAAACUCACCAACAACGAGAUGGACAAACAUGGCCAGAUCGUGUUGAACUCUAUGCACCGGUACCAGCCGAGGAUCCACUUGGUACGCCUAAAGGAAGGCUUCUCUGGACCCAUCAAUGACUUGGAUCAGGAGGACCAUCGUACCUACAUCUUCCCCCAGACCGUCUUUACCGCCGUCACCGCUUACCAGAACCAACUCAUCACCAAACUCAAGAUCGACAGUAAUCCCUUCGCUAAAGGCUUCAGAGACUCAUCAAGGCUCACAGACUUCGAGAGGGACACGAUGGAGUCCAUGUUGGUGGACCCGCGAUACCUGGGGGCGCCGCUAAGAGGGUACAUGGAGCUUGACGCCGAGAACAACAACCUCUUGGAGAAGGCUCGAGCCCAGCUUAUGUGGGACCGCCUCGCAGCCAUCACCGCCCCGCCCGGAGCCUCAGGGACUGCCCCGCAAGUAGCAGCCGCUGCCGCAGCCGCAGCAGCAGGGCUCUUGCCACAUUCUAUGCCGCAGUUAUACACCCUCAACCCCUCUCGAGGCAACCCGUCCCCGCUACCGCUACCUGCACACUUGUGGACUCAGUGGACAGCACUACACGGCCUAGGCCACCCUAACCCGGCACUCUCACCUCACCUCCUCACCUCGACUGCCAGCCACCUCGCCCACUCGGCCCUCUCUGCUGCGCCUUCAUCGUCUUCUGCAUCGGUGUCUCAAGCGGCGGCGGCGGCAGCCCUAACGCGGCCGCUCUUCCCAACGCCACUUAACCUCCACCGCUACUCCCCGUACUUCCUGCCCAAGACCUCACCCUCAGACCCUCGAGACCACACCCUGCCAGACCAUCAGUCCUAGAGACCACUUCACCUCUAGGCGUGUGUGAUGGACGGGCCGCGGGCGUCCUCAAGAGUCAUCAGUGCCUAAGGAAACUUAGCUAUCUGACGUGACAGUGUCGAGGACCUCAACUAACCCCAAAGAUGCCGAGUUCAGUCACAUCGAGAAGCCGCUCCUUCUUCCCGCCCCUUCUGUUCCCUGUCUGUGUUAGGUGAAGGUCGGUGUGAAGAGCCUCCACGGUGUUUGUGUUAGGUGAAGGUCGGUGUGAAGAGCCUCCACGGUGUCUGUGUUAGGUGAAGGUCGGUGUGAAGAGCCUCCACGGUGUCUGUGUUAGGUGAAGGUCGGUGUGAAGAGCCUCCACGGUGUCUGUGUUAAGUGAAGGUCGGUGUGAAGAGCCUCCACGGUGUCUGUGUUAGGUGAAGGUCGGUGUGAAGAGCCUCCACGGUGUCUGUGUUAAGUGAAGGUCGGUGUGAAGAGCCUCCACGGUGUCUGUGUUAAUGAAGGUCGGUGUGAAGAGCCUCCACGGUGUCUGUGUUAGGUGAAGGUCGGUGUAAGGAGCCUCCACGGUGUCUGUGCUAAGUGAAGGUCGGUGUGAAGAGCCUCCACGGUGUCUGUGGCAAAGAAUGACAUAACACAUUCAGUACCACAAAGACUUUUUGUUUUCAUGAGGUCAUGCAGUACAGGAUGAGUGAGCAUGUCGCUGGUAUUCCUGACUGAGCUUCUUGGCCUCGUGUAGAAGGUGUGAUGGUGGUGUGUGGUGCCGGAACUACUCGCUUCCUCCCUCACUCUGUACUGUGAAGUUACUGCAUCAGGGGAGAAAAAUGAACAGUGUCUUCACUUAGAAAGAGAAAUGACAACAAUGUUCUCUACAUCUUGUGGGUGGCGGAGGUGUGUGGCCGGGUAGUAUUAUAGUGGACCCUUAACCAGAGCAGCUAUGUCUGGACAGAGGACACAUCUAGAUAAUACGGACGUCUGACUAUGGCGGACGGACACACGUGGAUAUUACGGACGUCUAGAUAAAACGGACUCCUGGGUGAAGUUUAAUUCUAAAUGUGAUAAAAGUUUUAGACAAGAAGCGAGUGUUGAUGUUUGUGUAUAGAGAGACUACUAAAAGCUUCUUGAUGGGAGCUAUUCUCUCUGGGUGUCGCUGUGUACAACCCCCUCCCCCCUUACACACACACACCCCCUCCCUCACACCUGGCCCUUGAGCGGAGACAGUUGUUGGUUUUUCUCUGUAAACUAGCCAAGGUCUGGGUGAUAAUGAGGAUGGAGGAGGAGGAAAGUAAUGGUGUGGUCAAAACUAAUGGGCAUCUUAUACUUGAACGUGUUGAACUAACUAACAAACAAACAAACAAAUAAACAAACAAACACACCCUUAAGUGCUGUCCUGGAAUUAGGGACACUGAACUCAGGGUCAUUGACUCAGCCUAAAAUUGUGACAUAUCGUUAAAAAAAAAAUAAUUGUCCUUGGUGAAAAAUUAGAAACUAAUUUAUAUAUUUUUUUUUGUACUAUUUUGAGUAGAAUGAAAAUUAAACCAACUAUCUUGUAUGUAUAUUUUUUUUGUUUCUUUCACAACCCCUGAUUUAUAGAGGGACACUUUUUUUAAAUCUACUUCCUACUGUUGGUAUGUAAUUUUUUUUUAUAUAAAUCUGUUGUAAGUUAUUAAGUUACAAGCUUUAACUUGUUCAUAAGGAAGUGACUUAAAAGGUGUUGAACUGUAGAAGAACACACACUUGUUGUUAUGUGGUGAAAAGGACGUUUGCGUGUGUGUGUGUGUGUGUGUGUGUGUGUGUAGGAGACGAUUAAUGAUGUACAGUCCUCAAGAAGGUAUUUAACUAUAUAACGCCAACCUCUUCUCUUUAUGAUGUAAUUAAAAUCAGAACAACAAACACAUUAUAUAAUAUACAGUGAUGAAGAGAACAGAAUCUUUCACAAACUUUUAAGCCUUUGGUAAAAAACAUUUAUGAAAACACUGAUGAAAAACCAAAAACAAUUAAGCUUUAAAACCAUCUUGUGUGUGUGUGUGUGUGUGUGUGUGUGUGUGUGUGUGUGUGUGUGUGUAUGUGUGUGUGUGUGUGUGUGUGUGUGUGUGUGUGUGUGUGUGUGUGUGUGUGUGUGUGUGUGUGUCAAGAAGGAUCAAGCUAUCACCAAAAUUGUUUUAGAAAUGUUUGAUUAAAAAUAUCUAUCAUGUGGACGAAAAAAAAAAUAAAAGAAUAAAAACCCAAAAGACGAAGAA